CCCAUGGCAGCUGAAGCAGCUCCCCUAGACCUGUCUCUCACGCUGGCCCCCAUAUCUCCUUGGGCUGUUCUUCCUUCUGGCGGCCGUAGCCGCCACAGAGGGGGCGUGAGAACCAGACUCUUCUCUUGCCUCUUCUGCGAGAGGAAGUUCCUCAAGUCUCAGGCGCUUGGGGGCCAUCAGAACGCGCACAGGAAGGAGAGGGUCGUCGGCAGCUGGAACGCCCACCUCUACCUCCCUGACCAUCCUCGACUCCCGGUGCCGGACACCGCGAUGGGGUACCUUGUCCUUGAUGAUGAUGACGAAGAUGACAAGCACCAGAAGCUUGAUCUUAGCCUCAAGCUUUAA